AUGAAAAUUGGAAAAAUCGGCGCCCAUGCCAACCACCAAGGCGAUGGGGUCGGGGUGUGCUACACCAGCAAUCAGCGCAGCACUGACCGUCCGUACAACACCAACAACACGCGGCGCCAAACAGAGCACAACCCCACCACGGCAAGACACCAGCUCCGUACGGCCACAGCGGAACGUGAUGUGGGUGAUACCGGUUCGGGACGUCCGCUAGUGCCCAGGAUGCCACCGGUGGACCCGCACCCACCGACGACGGAGUGGACGGGGAUGCCGAGCUGCGUGGCAUACGUGCACCGCCUGCCGACGCCACCACCUGCACCUCCAUCCGACAAGCCAGGACCACUGGAGCCCUGGCCAAAGCCCGCGAAGCCAGCCACACCAGCAACAUCCAAGCGGUCGGCAGAACGGGCCAAGGAGCGGAGGAGAGAACACCAGCGGCAGAGGAGACUGCGGGCAAAAGCCGAGAGGGAAGGCCCGAGUCAGCAGUACCGGUUGACGAAGGCGACUCCCUCGGCAGGGCCGACCACCGACCCGGAAGGUCGAGAGACGGUGCAGGUGUCAGCACCGGUACCAGGUAGUUCCGCCCAGGAACACUUACCGGAGCAAGACACCAACCCGGGGGAGGCGAUGGAGGUCGAUGACCGAAUCCUCGACGAACCCGGGUCACCACUCCCAACAUUCCCGGACAUCGAGGAAGGCCCGCCCGUGUUCUCCACACCGCUCACGUCCUCCAGGACGGACUAG